GUGUGCGCGCAUCUGUUUACUUUUGCUGCUAAAAAACAAAAAAGAACCAGCAACAACCACCAGAAACCUUAGCGCCAAGCAACUUAUUAUAGGUUGCCUGAACUCCAAAUAUCUCCUGCUUGAAGGAAACUGAGUAAUGAAGGCUGAAUGCAAUUUCCUGUGGAAGAGGCUGGAGGCAGAGCUUGCGGGGCGAGGGGGAGAGGCAGAAACUUGUCCAUUUGCAACCAAACAGUGCAAUAAAGGACAAGCUGCGGAGAUAAAGGAGUGAAGCAAAGCGCCCCCUCCCCCAAUUUCUAAUGAAGUGUGUGAAAGACUCUUAAUAACGGGGCAGAGAGCGGAAGCCAAAAGUUGUGCUUUGAGUUUGAGCCCAAUUUUAAAAAGGGGGCUGAAUUGCUGGCAGCGAGAGAGAAACUUGUAUGGAGAAGACAGUAAGAUGACCCUCGGCUUGUGGGAGCGCCGUUAAACGAUUCACCCAAAGGCUCAGUCCGAUGUCCCAGGUGAGAAGAGAGCCGUCCAGCCGCUCUGACUCGCUCCAUGGAGACCCCCAGGUGGAUCCGGCGCCCUUCCCAUCCCCCAGCGCAGGUAAGCACAGAGAGCGCUUGUUCCCGAAACUUACAAACUACCUCGAUACUUACUUGUAGUUGGGAGUGGGGGAACUUCCAAGCUCUCUUGGAAUUUUGUAUAGAAGACCUUGGAUUUUGUGUGUGCACGCGCGCGUUUAGCUGUGGGCCUGAUUCUAAAAAGGUAAACUCCAGGGGGAGAAAAGAGACUUUUUUCCUCCCCCUCCCCCAUCUCUCAUGUCGAAACUUUGAUAGUAUAUAUGAAUAUUGCAACAACAAAAAAGCCUCCUGUGAUCUGUGCCAGCUGGCCCCCAGAAUGUAUGCGCGCACACACAUCCGAAGUCUGGCAAGGCAGAUUCCACCCACCCCCCACCCCCAUUACGCUUUGAUUUACGCCGCAUCCACCAAGGCGCUGGCCCAGCAUGUGUGUUUUGGAGACUUUUCCUUUUGUGUGCGCGCGCACAUACAUGCAGCGUGCGUGCGUGUGACUUUUCCUCCUCGAAGGCUGCACACAGGGCUGGAGCUGCGCGAGUCUCCCAGCGCCUUGGCUCUUUCUCGGGUUGGAUCAGCGUUGAUCUCUCUCCCCCUCCCCUGCAAAAGCGCAGGGCGUUCACGAGAGCGCGUUUGCUGGGGGCUUGCGUGCCAGAGGGUCUCCUCCUUCUCCUCCACCAUUUCCUUUUUCUCUCCAAAGCCUCUUUCGUGCGCCAUUCUCUUUUUUUGCAGGACUGCAAACACUUCGCAGGCGUUGGGGGCUGGGGUGUGGAGAGACCCGAGCUACUCACAAGAACUUUUGUCUUCCUUCAGGCAUCGCGUGUUGCUGGGCCCUGGGCCAACUCCUUGUGGGAUUUGGUCUCCUCCACCCCUCCCCUUUCCCCCACUUCGAGUCCUGAUCAUAUUAAAUUUAAUAACAUCCUCUAGGCCGAGCUGCAGCCAGGAAAAGAGUUUUCUUCUUUGUUCCAUCCAAUCCUUUCAACAGAUCUAGCUUCGGGCUCUGUAACUGGGGUGGGGGGAGUGGGCUGUGUACACUGAAGUUAGGAGUGUACAUUCCAGUAUCCCUUGCAGCAGCCUUGGCUGCAGACUGCAUUUGAGGCAUCUGGAGAGGAUUCAGCAGAGAUGCCCCCUUCCAGGCACUGCUGACCUGUUGAGUUGCAACUGAUUCACACAACACGGGAAACCCGUUUAUAAAAACUCAAUUGGGGGAAUGUGGGCCAUGGUUGGGCACAUGGGUGAUUUUUAGGCCAAAUACCAUUUCCCCCAAGAUGUACUGGUGUUGUUGUUUUUUUAACCUUAUGGCUGACUGAUGGUUAGGUCUCUAAAUCAUGAUUUUAAGGGCAUAAGAAUUUAGGAAACUGCCUAUAUGGUUCAUCAAGCUCAGCAUUGUCUACACUGGCAGCAGCUAUCCAGGGUUUCAGAUGGGAGACAUUCCCAGUCCUACCUGGUGAUGCCAGGGAUUGAACCUGGGACCUUCAGCAUACAAGGCAGAUGCUCUACCACAAAGCUACAGCCCUCCCCUCAAAACCCUACCUUGAAGGGUUCGUAGCAGUUCAUCUACACUCUUUGUUAAUAGAGUACCAUUGUUGCGCCGAUGCUUUGCAGAGGACAAGAGGACAAGUCUCUGUCCCAAGACGUUUACAAUCUAAAACCAGAUACAAAAGAUAGACAAAAGAGAGGCUGGGAUUAAUACGGAAAGAAUAUAUAAUUACUUGCCUUACGUGUGCUUUGAUUUGGUUGUAACCCUGGUUAGGUAGGCCUGUAUCAUGUGCCAAUUUUGGCCCCCCAAUGUGUUUUUUGAGGGGGCCUGGCCCCCUCAACAUUCAGAGGGGGUCUAGCUCCAUCCCCAUGCUCUCAUGGCGUUGCACAUGUGACAUCAGGACGUCACAUUGGGCCCCCUCAAUCAUCUUGAGACGAUGGCACCUCUGGUCUCUAUUAUCGUCGUGUUUGUGUCAUUUAUAUGUUGACAUUUUUUAUCUUCCAAACAUUUCUGUCUUCACAGCAACCCUGUGGGGGGGAUUAGAUUGUAAGACUAUGACUGGCCCAAAGUCACCCAGGGAGUGAGGAUGUGAAUCUGAGUCUCCCCACUCCUAGUAUGGAGUCUGAGGGAGUAGCUUGCCUAAGGCCCUUCCACUGAAGUCACGCUGGGUGGGGAUCUGAGCUCCACCCAAACUUCGUAGAUAAUAGUUUAUGUUUUUUUCAAAAACGAACCAUGAAACCUUUGUAGUGACCUUUAAAAAAAGGUGUGGUAAAUUCCCAGCUUGUAUUGGGAAAUCAGGACUUGAAUGUGGGGUGUCGUGAUUGCAUGGCUGCCUCAACCUACACGGAUUUCUGCCUGUUUUCAUAGGAGGCCAAUGCAUGAGACCCACCCCCUUUGCCUGUGGUUGUCCCUGCCCCUUCCAUGCUCAUGACCAGCAGAUUGUCGGACUCACUGUUUUAAGAUGGCAGCUUUUGCAUCCCAUGUCAAGCUUGCCGUGAACAGCAAGCACCUCAGGCAUAGAAUGUCCUCCCCAGACUAGAGUCUCAACUGGCUUCAGCCCUCUGAUCUGAUCAGCACUGGGUGAAGAUGUUCUUUUUUAUUUUCCUUGGGUUUAAAUGUAUUUUAUGAUGCCCUGAGAUUCUGGAAGUUUUAAGACCUGUGAGAACUGUAGUCCUGAUGUACGUUUGUUAUGCUAGUGCUACCUUCAGCUCCUGUUUUCAUAUUUUAUAAUACAGUCAUACCUUGGUUUUCGAGCAACUUAGUUCACGAACAACUUGGAACUCGAAUGCCGCAAACUUGGAAGUAGAUGUUCUGGGUUGUGAGCUUUGCCUCCUGCAAAGGACGCUCCUACAGCCAAUUGGAAGCCGCACCUUGGUUUCCGAACAUUUCAGAAGUCGAACGAACUUGCAGAACGCAUUCUGUUUGAAAACCAAGGUACGGCUGUAUACAUAAAGGUAUUUCCAGCUGUGGAUUUGAGGGUUCUUUGUGUUUUUUUCUCAUGAGCCAGCACACUUUGUUUUUUAAAUCUUUUCAAAUGUUAGGUUAUUGCCUUUAUUUUUCGAUUCCUAAUUCUUUCCUUUUUGCCAUCCGGAUGACCUUUUCAUUGUCGAGCAGCAGGGAAAUGCAGUAAACAAAUAAAUAAGCCAUGGAGGGUUGGGGGAAGAAGGUGUCCUCUCUUGAGCAUGGCGAUUGUAUGAAUUGGCCAUGUAUUCUCCUAGGUUUUCCUUCCUCUUCUCCCUUCUGUCCCCCAAAGAAUGAGAACACAUUGAAGAAUGCUUUCAUUUCAUGUAUAUCUUCACGACGUCGUUACAGUUUAGGAUUUCAGGAACUUCCUUGUGCCUUCUGGUUUGGUCCUUUAAGCUAAAAGUGCAGCAGACCCCCAUCCCUGAAACUGAGCAGGAAUGGUGUGGCAUAUGAAAAGGUGUUCCACCCUCCCAGACAGUCAUAGCUUAAUGGUAGAGCAUCAGCUUUGUAUGCAGAAGUUCCUGGGUUCAACCCCCAGUAUCUCCUGGUAGAUCUGGAAUGCCCCCUAUCUGCAACCCAGAAGAAAUUCUGUAGUUGGUGAGCUAGAUUAUCUACCGGUAAUGGUGGCUUCUAUGUUCCAGAGUGACUUGGGUAGGUUAUGCUGGCACAGUGAUCAUUACCACCCACCUACAGUUCAUUCAGGUGAGCAGUGUAGACAAAAGCCCUCCAGUAUUCUUGUAUGUCCUAUCAGGAUGAGGUAUACAUGAGAUCUCCAGGGAAUCACUCCACAAAGCUGCCAAAUGAAUUUAGUAACUAAACUAAAGAGUAGUUUUAAACCUAUAACUCCCCAGUUAAGUACUUGCAUGUUAUCUGCUGGCCCCACUUUCAACACUGAUUCAGGGAUUAUUCUAUACCACAAACCAUUCCUAACCAAAAUGAGUGACGGCAGGCAGGUCAGAGCAAAUAAGUGUACACACAUCAAAAUCCUGUGCAAGAAUAACCCAAAUCCUGUAACACAAAGAGCAGAAUCCUGUAACUUUGUCUAAGUUGUGCAAAUUGAGCACAUUUGAAUUUUUCAUAUGUUACAGUGGAUGCUCAGGUUGCGAAUGUGAUCCAUGCAGGAGGCACGUUCGCAACUCGCAGUGUUCGCAACCCGUGUCUGCGCAUGCGCUGGUCACGAUUUGGCACUUCUGCACAUGUGCAAAGCACAAUUUAGCAGUUCUGUGUGUGCCCGUGCACUGAAACCCGGAAGUAACCUGUUCCGGUACUUCCGGGUUCGGCAUGGAGCACAACCUGAAAAGACGCAACCUGAAGCGGCUGUAACCCAAGGUAUGACUGUAUUAGUCUUUAGAAGGGGCAAACACACACACACCCAAAACCCUAUACAGGAAACGAAGACUUGGCCUCCGACUACUGGAAAAUAUUCAGCAACUCCUCUGGCUUCUGAGAUUUCACCAGGUGUUACUUACAUCCUUUUAAGCAUAUAUCUUCAGUCACAAGAAAUCCAUGAGAAAGUUGCUUUAGAACACAAGAGCAAGCAGAAUGGUUUGGGAAACAGAAUUCCGGUCGGAGCACCAAUUGUGGAUAGCAAUUCUGAAAAGAUAAUGACAGUCUCCUGAGUUCAUGUAUGUGUUAAAUAUAUACACCAAGGACCAAAUCUACUCUUGCACUAUUGUUUAAGCAAGAAAAGUUGCUUUUGGGGUCCGGUAAUUGGUACUGGAGAAGAGCUGGGGAAAAGGUAAAGCACCCAUUUCUCUUCACACACCCCCUGGCCCCCUGCACCAGCUUUCCUGUCUAAGGAGUUCUAAAUUAGUGUUUUCCUCCAUUUGGAACUCUGAGCUGUGGGUGGGGAGCUGACAAACAAGCAGGGGGUAAGCAGGAAGGUGUAAGAAAAGCCUAAGCACCAAAGUGGCUUUUGCUUCUUCAAGCACUUAGUUUUGAAUAUACAAGGCUCUCUAUCAAGGCACCGGUAGGAUGGGAGUAUGAGAAGCAGCAAAGAAGACUGAGAAGCAUGGCCAAUGGUUAGGGAUGAUGGGUGUUGUAGUACAAUAACAUCUGAUGAGCCUGUGUUUCCUCAGUCCUGCCCUAUGCUGUACUUUUCUUCACUCUAAUACAGAUAAACUUUGCCUUAAUUUCCAACAACUGUGUUUAGGAAAACUCUGGAAACCAAUCAAAAGUGCUUCACUUUUCAGUUCAGCUGCCCACUUAAAAGUAGCUGAUCUGUUAUUGAAUUUUUUAGUCACUUUUUGUUGUGUAUUAAAUGACUUCCACGGAACUUUUAUGUAUUAUGUUUAUGUACCGGUACUACUAUUGUAGAAUCAUAGAAUCACAGAACUGUAGAGUUGGAAGGGAUCCCGAGGGUCAUCUAGUCCAACCCCCCUGCAAUGUAGGAAUCUCAACUAGAUCAUACAUGGCAGACGGCCAUCCAACCUCUGCUUAAAAACCUCCAAGGAAGGAGAGUCCACCACUUAUCGCAGGAGUCUGCUCCACUGCCGAACACCUCUUCUUCCUGAUGUUUAGUCAGAGUGGCUGGGGAAACCCGCCCAGAUGGGCAGGGUAUAAAUGUUGUUGUUGUUCGUUUGUUCUGGUACUAACCUCUGGAGCUGGAAGAAACAAGUUUGUUUCAUCUUCCAUGUGACAGCUCUUUAGAUAUUUGUAGGCUGCUUAUAUUCUAAACUUCUUUGAGCACAAACAUGUUGUUGAAAAUGCAGUAUAUAAAUGCAUUGACUAUGGCUAAUAAAUAAUAUCUAGACAUCAUUUGGACAUUUCCUUGGUAGAUGGCAUUCACAGAAACAUAUGAAGGCUGGAGGUUCCUUGUUGGGAUCUCUGGUAACCUGUAAAUACCUUUUAUAUCUCUAGCAUGCAAGAUCAAAGGUGUGUGUAUUAUGUGUGAACGUAAAGGUGGUAGUCAUCUAAGGCCUCAUCUGCAGUAUACAUUCAAAGCUGCAUUAAACAAUCAUGACUUCCCUCAAUGAGUUAUUGAAACUAUUGUUUGUCAAGGGUGCUGAGAGUUGUGAGGUUGUCCUAUUCCCCUCACAGAGCUACACUUUUUAGAUUGGAUUAAAAGGUCUAUCCCUCUUCCUCAGGAUUCUUUGGGUGAAGGCAUGACUGUGAAGUGACAUGAGACUGCUUUAAAUAUAUAGCACAGAAGAUGGGAGUUGUAAUAAAGUGUAGAUGGCCCAAUGGGAAAUGGGAACUCAUUGCAUUUUGCAACUUUAGGGGUAUAUCUGCUCUAACAAAGAGACUAGAGGUGAAUGACAGGUUACUCAGCACCAAGGUUGAAAACUUCAGAUAGUGUUGAACUCUCCACUUCCAUCAGUCCCAGUGAGUCUGGUGGUUCCCUCACUGCGAGAAGCGAAGUUACAGGGAACCAGGCAGAGGUAGUGUUGUCUGCCCUGUGGAACGCCCUCCCAUCAGAUGUCAAGGAAAUAAACAACUAUCUGACUUUUAGAAGACUUCUGAAGGCAGCCCUGUUUAGGGAAGUUUUUAAUGUCUGAUGUUUUAUUGUGCUUUUCAUUCUGUUGGGAGCCACCCAGAGUGGCUAAGGAAACCCAGCCAGAUGGGCGGGGGUAUAAAUAAAUAAAUUAUUAUUAUUAUUAUUAUUAUUAUUAUUAUUAUUAGGUAUUAAUAAGAGUCAGAGUCUCAUGAUGUCUGGAUGGCUACUCCCUAUUCUACACAUACUGCAUAUGCCUCAGUUGGAUGCCUGAUCCUAGCUGUUUAUUUAUUGGAAAUACCACUUUUCCUCACAUAUGCUUGGAUCCUCCUCACUAGGUUUUCUGUGAUGGGUCCAGUCCUGGAGUGGAGUUCUGCUCAUGGGAUGCUCCUGCCAGUAGAAGCGGGAGGGAUGCAGCAUUCAUCCCUGCAGACCUGCAUGUGUAUAGAGAUGUGCUCUUCAUGGAUGCAGGGCUGUCGAUCACAUGGAAAGCCUGUGUCUGCAACACUGUUAUCUGUGUAGGCACCUGUUUCAAAUAUUCUGCUGAACGAUACAUGCUGACUGGGGCUGAUGGAAGUUGGAGUCCAAAAUGUCUAGAGGUCACCAGGUUGGGGAAGGCUGGGCCAAAUUGUGAUAUGCACGUAUUUCCCCAGGAAACAAUACACCUUCCUUUGACCCACAGAAGUUUGUUUUAUGGCUAACUUCCUGCUCAUGCAUCCCUCUCUUGGUACCCGAGCUAAUGGCUCUGUGGCUUCUCACUUCUGCAUUAGCAGAGGGGUGGGGCAGGGAGCACUAACAUCUUGUGGGCAUAAAGAGCAGCUUUCUGAUCAUUCCUGGCAAAUUUGCCCUGAGGCACCAUGCUGGUUUGAAAGCCAUUCUGUCCAGAUCCUAACUUAGCUGGACUGCCCAUCCCCUUGGGUAGUUGUAAACAAUGCAUCUUUCACAAGAGUGCUCCACUGAUACUUUGCUCAGAGUUCAGCUAGCCUAGCCAAGCAGAGUGCUGAUGUGGCCUCCAUUCAGUUCAUUGUUCUGCCUAAAAAUGCGCAACCCUCUGCACAUGGAGAUCCUUCCUUGAUAUAUUAAAUCCAUAAUUUCAUGUGUCGGCUACUUGGCUCUGCCCAGCAUUUAGUGGCAGGUGAAAACAGGAAAAUGUAAGGCAAGUUGAGUGAUUGUGCGGCAAAGGAGGAGCUGAGUUCAUUCUUUCCCUCUGGCCGAGAUUGUUCUUGUCAUUGUGGGAUAUGUUUUUCCUUGUCUUAUUAAAGAUGGAACCUUUUAGGCAGCAUCUGGUUGAGCUUGUUGUGCCAGUGCAAAUGGACAUUGUCUCUCUGAAGGAAAGGAUGAGUGCUGGAACGGGGAUGUCAAUAACUGCUGGCUGCUGGUGGGGAGUGAGGGAGAGGGGGAAAGCAAAAUCUCAGCAUAAAAAAAUUCUGAUCACACAUGUCUACAGUCAGAAUACUGUCUGAGAGCAGGGAGAGGCAACGCAACUUGGUGACAGAGCAUAUGUUCUUCACGAAUAAGCUCCCAAAGUCUGGCUUUCGACCUCCAGAGAAACUGUAAAGCAGCUGCCAGCCAUAUUGGGUUUGAUCAGCCUUGCCUGGACUGCUGCCUCCCCAACGUUGUGCUGUUGAACUUCAACUUCCAUUAUUCCUGACCAUAGUCCAAUUCUGCUUUUCUAAAUUGGUUACAUUCUGCUGAUGCAGUCACAGAUGUAGAUGUUGUCAAUAGUUGCAUGCCACAGUGCAUUCCUAUGCAGGCUUACUUAGAAGUAAGUACUCUGGAGAAGCUGCUGGGAAAUGAUAUAUCAUGAGAUAUAUGUUGAAAUAUACAUUUAUUUUAAAAAAAACCAGAAGCAUUUUUUACUUGGUAAUGUAGGCGAGGAUAUUAGUAGACAAGAUAUCAAAUUGUUUUUAUACGCAAAUACGGUUGCAAGAGUAUUAUUGGCACAGAAAUGGAAGCAAAAAAGAAUUACCGACGAAAAAGGACUGGCAGAUGAAAUUAAUGGACUAUGCAGAAUUAGAUAAGAUGACAGGGAGAAAUUGAAACCGGUGGGAUCAGAGGUUCCUAGAAGAUUGGAGUAAUAAUAAUAAUAAUAAUAAUAAUAAUAAUAAUAAUAAUAAUUUUUUACUUAUACCCCGCCCAUCUGGCUGAGUAUAAGAGUAAAUAUGUGAAUUAUUUGAAAAUGAACUGUAAUCAACAGACUGUGCUGGUAGGACUGCAAGGAGUUUUGUAAGGAAGACUAUAUGAAAUAUUGCAGGGGAAAUUUAUGAAAAGGAUUAUUAGUUAUGGAUUAGUAAAAGUAAUAGUGAAAAUAAUGAUGAAGAUUGAAAAAUCAUUAGACGGAAGUCCUUGGCUUAUAGCCAAAAUAUUGUAUAAGAUAAGAAGAGGUGUUAUGUGGUGUUUGGAAAUAUAUGCAAUAUAUAUAUAUAUAAGUACUCUAUUACUCAAGUGGGCCUUACUCCCAGGUAGGUGUGUAUGAUUGCCCCUUGACGUGAGAGGUGUCAUUAGACUAAUCUGUUGUUUAACUUUCUCAAUACAAAUGUGACUAGUAAUGCACACAGAAUUGAAUUUAUUUUGGGCCAGCAUUUAUUUAAAUCUGUGAGAGCUUUGAUUGAGGGUUGGCUUAUUGAAGUUUGUGUUUCCAAGUCCCAGUAGGACAAAAUAUGCUUUAAUCAGAGUUAAACUAAUCCAUGUGAAAAUCCUAGUGAAGAUUAGGCUGCUGUAAUGAUAUCCAUGUAUGUAUGUAUGUAUCUAUGUAUGCUGGUCAAAAUGAAUUCUACAUAGAAACCUGGAAUUUCAUUGACUUAUUAAUGUGGGGCAGCCCCCCCCCCCUUUGGCAACUGCAGAUUUAAACUUCCUCAAAUAAAGCCACUCAUACCCAUAAACUGUACAAAAUUGUAUCAAAAGACAAACCAUUUUUUAAAAUCACAUAUUGGCCCUGACAUUUUUAUUUUGCCCUAAAACAAAGUAGGGUUCUCCCCCUCCCCUUAAUCUUGCAUUGUUUCAUCACUGCUCCAUAUAUUUUAAAUGGGUUAUAAGACAAAAUUCAUAAAGCACUGAAUAAUCAUAAUUUAAAACUUAACUGUAGCCUUUGUGCCAGAAAGUAUCUAUUCUGACCUUUGCCUAAAAAGGAUAUCUUUCUCAGAAAAAAAUCCAACUUGCAGGAAAAAGAAGUCAUCAACAAUUUCAUUGGUAAGAGUGUCCGUUAAACUUCAUCAUCAGUGGAUGCAUUCAAUUUACAAUGAGAUUCUAGGGAAACGGUAAUUAUAUGAAAUGCUUUUCAAACUGUUUUUAUUCUAAUAGCUUUUUUACUUUAUUUACAGCACAAUCCUAUAUACAGUAUGUCUACCCAGAAGUAUAUCCCAUUGAGUUCAAUUGCGUUUACUCCCAUGUAAAUGAAUAUGGGAUUACAGCCUUAAACUUUUUAUUUUAUCAAUAGAUCUUGCCAUAUGCAUAUAUUUAACUAUAAUAUAAGGUGUCUGACGAGCCUUUUUAUAGUGAUUGAAGACCUUCCAGCAGUAUUCUGUUUCUAUUCCUUCUAUGCUUUUAUUUCUUCUUGUUGUUAUUACUUAAUUGGUCACCAUUUCUUGAUGUUCUGUUUGCAUCAAGUCUUCUAAAAACCCAAGCAAAAGCCAAAUUGGAGACUUAGGUAAUGAUUAUAAAGAUUUAGUUCUAAUAAUUUGUGUUCCUUUGUCCUAAAUAAUUUCCCCCCUCCACUGCAUAUGCAUGUCAUUGGCAGUGCACCUGGCGUUCCCAUAUUGAAUUUGCUUAUCUUAACAAGGGGUAAGAUGCCAUUUCUUAUGCUGUUUUUUAUUAGCUUAUCUCAUUAGCAAAGGCGGCAUUUCACUUUUCAUGAGUUUUCUCCCCCUACGUAUUGCUCCUUUUAAGAUUCAACCUUUGAAUGUUUUAACAGUCACCUCCUCAUGUAACAAACUAUGCACUAUUGAUAAAAGUCAAUUAAAAAACUUUCAAAAGUUCCUCUGCAGCCCAUCUUCACAUUUGAGCCACAGUUACUUUUGUGGAAACAAUGAAAUAACAAAGAUCUGUUGUUACAAUCACAGAUACAGUAUUACCAUCUUGAAUUCCCCCUCCUUUUAAAAAGAUGCAUUCCAUAAUAUUGUUACAACGACACCGUUCCCGUAAUUACAAACUUUCUGUUAGUAUCCUUACUCUUCAUUGAAGAAGACUGGUAUUGUAGGUAAUGUAUCUAAAAUCAAUUCAUAUUUUGACUGUUUCCCAGUUUGAUAAUAAUAUUUUCACCAAUAGAUGUUGUGUACAGCUUUUCCAUUCAUACCAUUGACAUGACAUUUAAUGGCACAUAUUUAUCAUCAUCAGGGGCGGAUCUAAUAUGAAACUAAUGAAGCUUAAGUUUCAGGGCCCCUAAUCCC